AUGCUGUUGUUCCUCUUCUUGUUUGGUCUGGCUCUGGGUGCUGAAUCUCCUUCAGAAGACCAACAAGUGACGCUACGGCGUGGCAACUGUCCCAUGUUCUGGUACAGCUUCAAUGGCCGUUGCUACAAGUAUGUCGCCACACGUAUGACCUGGGCUGAUGCAGAGCUCCACUGUUUGUCAGAGAGAGCCAACCUGGUGUCCAUCCACAGUCUUGGGGAACAUAAUUUUGUCAAAUCGCUGAUCAAGAACUUUGACCCUGCUCAAGGAUUUACCUGGAUUGGACUCAGCGACACCCAGAAGGAAGGCCGAUGGAUGUGGUCUGAUGGUUCUGCAGUUGACUUUGUGUUUUGGGAUGCAGGACAACCAGACAACGCUGGAGGACGUGAACAUUGUGUGCACAAAAACCUUGGCAAACAUUUGAAAUGGAACGACCAUCAGUGUUCUCUGACAAUGACUUUUGUUUGUGCAUCUCGCACACGCCAGUUUGUUGUUCAGGUGAACACCCAGGUACUUAUAAGUGGCCACUCUCUCAAGGACCAUUCCCUGGAUGUUCAUCGGAGGCGGGAGGGCAGACCGCCGUCUGCGAAAAUCGACCACCGUCUCCUUGGUCUUUCCCGCGUUGAUCAGGAGGUGAUUUCGCUGACACCAGUCCACAAAGUUCUGUUCUGCCGUGUAGAGGGUGAAGAGGAAGGGGGCCAGGACAGUCCCCUGGGGGGCACCCGUACUACACAUGAGACGGUGUGCGAGGGCACGAUGCUGCAGGAAGAUGACAGCGUCCUCCAUUCCGAUGUUGGGCUUAUAGUCAAACUGCAGUGGGUCCAUGGAGGGGCCCACUGUGGAGCGGAGGUGUUGCAGGACCAGUCUCUCCAGCACUCUGACACCAACAUGCUGUUGUUCCUCUUCUUGUUUGGUCUGGCUCUGGGUGCUGAAUCUCCUUCAGAAGACCAACAAGUGAUGCUACGGCGUGGCAACUGUCCCAUGUUCUGGUACAGCUUCAACGGCCGCUGUUACAAAUAUGUCGCCACACGUUUGACCUGGGCUGAUGCAGAGCUCUACUGUGUGUCACAGAGAGCCAACCUGGUGUCCAUCCACAGUCAGCCGGAACAGAAUUUCAUCAAAACUCUGAUCAAGAACUUUGACCACGCUGAGGGAAGAAGCUGGAUCGGACUCAGUGAUAUCCAUAAAGAAGGCAGAUGGAUGUGGUCUAAUGGUUGCGCAGUGAACUUUGUCUUUUGGAAUGCCGGACAGCCAGACAACUAUGGAAAAAAUGAACACUGUGUUCACAACAACUAUGGUCCAAACCUCAAAUGGAAUGAUCUGUCAUGUUCUGUAACUUAUCCCUCUGUUUGUGCAUCUCGCAUAACCUGUCCUUAGUAACUGGGAUAGUUAUAUGUCUGAUUCACUCUCACUUUCACCUGUGGUCUGUAAGCCUCCACAAUAGGAUACCAAUGUAUACUUUUCGUGUGUGUGUGUGUGUAAAGAAGUCAUUUCACUAACCUUCAUUUUGUGUGCGUGUAAUUUGGGAACAACAUAGAUUUAAUGUUUCGUCCUAAUCACAAGGACACUUCUUAUCCAGUAGGAUGUUUAUCUAAUCACAUUCACAUUCAUGCACAUCUCAAAAUGUAUUAAAUACUAGUAUCAAAAUAAAAAAAUACACCCAACAGCUUCAACGGCCGCUGCUAUGUCGAUCAGGUCUGAUAGGUCUGAAGUUGAAUUUGUCUUUUGGUAAGCAGGUCAGCCAGAUAACUGAAGGAAGUGAAGUCUGUGGAAACAACACAGAUUUGAAAUGGAUGUUAUUUUUGUUUGUGCACCUCACAGUUUGUCCAUCUCACAGUUUG